CCGGAGGAAGAGGGCGAAACGCUGUGCCGGCACGAGGAAAGGGGUUAGCUGUCCUCGUCGUGGAGCAGCAUCCCCAGGUGCUGGCAUGCAGGAAUUCGAAGUGUUAGCAGAGGAAUGUACGACACGGUUAAAAAACCAAACCAAAUCAACCAGCCAACCAAACAAAAAAAACUACAAAACAACUCAAGUAAAAAAAAAUCGAUCAGUGGCCAAAAGUGCAUGGAAAUCCAGCAUCGGCAUUUUAGAGUUUGCAAGCUUCUGACCUCUGGGACCAGGGAUUCAUUAAAAGAGACUUAGGUUUGCAUCGAGAGGGGAGCAGAAGCGCAUUAAAACUGACCAGUUGAUGCAAGGAGAGGAAGGAAUCACCGGCGGCUGGAAAUAAAGGCCGACGCUUGUUUUUGCAUCGCCGCUGACAGAGGUGCAUUGCUCCCGGCCGGGGAACAGGGUUCGGAGGGGACUGCUGAAGCCUCGGCUCCAGCCGGGAGAUCCGCAUGUGCCCGCCGUCCCCCGCCCACGGGCCGCCUCGGCUACAAGGCCGCGGCGAGAGGCGGCUCAGACCCGUCCUACGGCCGCAGGCUGGAAGGAGCGAGGCCGCGGGGAGAGCCGCGACGAGGCUGUGCCGGAAUCCCUUAACAGCAGACGCCAGCUGGGAAGUACCUCAGCUGUAGGGCAAAAUACAAGGACAUAAGCUACUGACUUCCUUUUAGCAUCAGGACCAGACAUACUACCCUACGCAGUCAAUUAAGAGCAACUGAAAACCACAUCUCAGAAAAGCUGGUCAACCAGUUACAUCAGUGGACAUCUUUUGUAAAUCACAUUUUAUGUACUUCUGCUGAGAUCCUUUUUCUACCUACCUACCGCAUGGUUCUAUAUUACUUAUUGGGCACUGAUGGUAGCCUCCAGAAAGUGCAGCUUCAAAUGGUCAGCCUCAUUCUUUAGCAAGAAGAAAAUCUGGAUACUGGAUAGCAACAACGUCUUCAGAGAAAAUGGUAUACGAAGGGAAACGAUUGGUUUCCUGCCAUUGUUUCUUCCUGUUAACAGCCAAAUUCUACUGGAUACUCACUCUGAUGCAAAGAACUCAUGGCCAGGAAUAUGCCCACUCCAUCCGACUGGAUGGGGACAUCAUCUUGGGAGGACUGUUCCCUGUUCAUGCAAAAGGGGAUAGAGGGGUGGCUUGUGGGGAGCUCAAGAAGGAGAAGGGGAUCCACAGACUAGAGGCAAUGCUGUAUGCAGUUGAUCAGAUUAAUAAAGACCCUGAUCUUCUUGCCAAUAUCACCUUAGGUGUCCGGAUCCUUGAUACAUGUUCCAGGGACACUUAUGCAUUGGAGCAGUCCUUAACAUUUGUGCAAGCAUUGAUAGAAAAAGAUGGUUCAGACGUGAAGUGUGCAAACGGUGACCCACCUAUUUUCACUAAGCCAGACAAGAUAUCAGGUGUGAUAGGUGCUGCAGCAAGUUCUGUGUCCAUUAUGGUCGCAAAUAUUUUAAGACUUUUUAAGAUACCUCAAAUCAGCUAUGCAUCUACAGCUCCAGAACUGAGCGAUAACACCAGGUAUGACUACUUCUCUCGAGUGGUCCCACCGGACUCCUACCAAGCACAGGCCAUGGUGGACAUCGUGACAGCCCUUGGGUGGAACUACGUCUCGACGCUGGCUUCUGAAGGCAACUAUGGAGAGAGUGGUGUGGAGGCGUUCACCCAGAUCUCCAGAGAAAUUGGAGGUGUUUGCAUUGCUCAGUCACUCAAAAUCCCUCGGGAACCAAGACCAGGAGAAUUUGAAAAGAUCAUCAAGCGCUUGUUGGAAACUCCAAAUGCUCGAGCAGUGAUCAUGUUUGCGAACGAAGAUGAUAUUAGGCGAAUACUUGAAGCAGCAAAAAAAGCUAAUCAGUCUGGACAUUUCCUCUGGAUUGGCUCAGACAGCUGGGGGUCAAAAAUUUCACCAGUUCAGCAGCAAGAGGAGAUUGCGGAAGGAGCAGUAACCAUUCUACCCAAAAGAACAUCAAUAGAUGGAUUCGAUAGAUAUUUUCGGAGCAGAACACUUGCUAACAAUCGAAGAAAUGUCUGGUUUGCAGAAUUUUGGGAGGAGAACUUUGGAUGCAAGUUAGGAUCACAUGGAAAAAGAAAUAGCAAUAUCAAGAAAUGCACAGGCUUAGAAAGAAUUGCAAGAGAUUCAGCCUAUGAGCAAGAAGGAAAAGUUCAGUUUGUCAUUGAUGCAGUGUAUUCCAUGGCCUAUGCACUACACAACAUGCAUAAAGAUCUCUGUCCUGGAUAUAUUGGUCUAUGCCCAAGGAUGAGCACAACUGAUGGUAAAGAACUACUUAGCUAUAUCCGGGCAGUAAACUUUAAUGGGAGUGCUGGAACACCUGUUGUCUUCAAUGAAAAUGGAGAUGCUCCUGGGCGCUAUGAUAUUUUUCAGUAUCAAAUCACCAACAAGAGUACAGAAUACAAAGUAAUUGGUCAGUGGAGUAACCAACUUCAUCUAAAUGUAGAAGACAUGCAGUGGGCUAACAGAGAACGUACUCAUCCAGCAUCUGUCUGCAGCCUGCCCUGUAAAGCUGGGGAAAGAAAGAAAACUGUGAAGGGAGUGCCCUGCUGCUGGCACUGUGAACGCUGUGAGGGGUACCAUUACCAGGUGGAUGAAUUCAACUGUGAACUGUGCCCCAUUAAUAAGAGACCAAAUGCCAACCGUACGGAUUGCCAGCUUAUCCCUAUAAUCAAACUGGAGUGGCAUUCUCCUUGGGCCAUUGUGCCCGUCUUCAUAGCUAUUCUUGGUAUAAUUGCUACCACCUUUGUGAUUGUGACAUUUGUCCGGUACAAUGACACACCGAUCGUCAGGGCCUCUGGCCGGGAGCUCAGCUAUGUGCUCUUGACUGGGAUUUUUCUCUGUUACUCCAUUACUUUUUUAAUGAUUGCAGCUCCAGAUACAGUGGUCUGCUCAUUUCGAAGGAUCUUUUUAGGACUUGGCAUGUGUUUCAGCUAUGCUGCCUUGCUUACCAAAACAAACAGGAUUCACAGAAUAUUUGAACAAGGCAAAAAAUCUGUCACAGCUCCCAAAUUUAUUAGUCCAGCUUCCCAGCUGGUGAUCACUUUCAGCCUCAUAUCCGUGCAGCUUAUUGGAGUCUUCAUCUGGUUUGGUAUCGAUCCGCCUCAUACCAUCGUAGACUACGGAGAGCAGAGGACACUUGACCCAGAAAAUGCCAGGGGAGUCCUCAAAUGUGACAUUUCAGAUCUUUCUCUCAUUUGUUCCCUUGGAUAUAGUAUUCUCCUGAUGGUUACAUGCACUGUUUAUGCUAUUAAAACAAGAGGGGUUCCAGAGACCUUCAAUGAAGCAAAACCCAUCGGAUUUACUAUGUACACAACCUGCAUAAUUUGGUUAGCUUUUAUUCCAAUCUUUUUUGGUACGGCCCAGUCAGCAGAGAAGAUGUACAUCCAGACAACUACACUUACUAUCUCCAUGAGUUUAAGUGCUUCUGUGUCUCUGGGCAUGCUCUACAUGCCCAAGGUUUAUAUUAUCAUUUUUCAUCCAGAGCAGAAUGUUCAAAAACGGAAGCGGAGCUUCAAGGCUGUUGUGACAGCUGCUACAAUGCAAAGCAAACUGACCCAAAAAGGAAAUGACAGACCAAAUGGCGAGGUCAAGACUGAACUGUGUGAAAGUCUUGAAACCAACACCUCCUCUACCAAGACAACUUAUGUCAGUUACAGCAAUCAGGCAAACUGAGCAGGGAUGAAAUUUACUGGAAGAUCUGCAGGAUUGGAUCUUGCAAACAUAGACUUUACCACUACCAGAAUUCAGUCCUGAAAAUGUCAGUAGACUACAUUCAAAUAAAUAGUCAGUCUCCUAAAGAACAAGGAUUAAACAAGAGGCAAAAGGCAAAAAGAGACAGGGGAAGGAAAAGUCCAGUUUUAUAACAUAGAGGCAGAGUGUCAAGCUUCUGAACUGUUCACUCACAAAAGGAAGCAAAUCACAAAAGGAAAACAAAUGUUAGCUUGUGAAAAAAAAUGCUGUUGAAAUAAAUCAUGUCUGAUGUUAUAUUUGUAAGUACUUUUUUGUGACUGUGACAAUUUCCUUUCCUGUCCUACAUUGUUCAACUCGUAAAAGAAGAUGAGUUUGUUUCUUGUGACGGCUGACUGAAUUAAGUCCUGGGUUAUGCUAAAAUAAAUGCAAUGGUCAACGCAUGCUAAUUUUUAUACAAAAUAAUUUAUUUCUAAUAAUAAAGGAAUGUUUUGCAAAUGUU